GUCAUGUGACAUUUAAAAUGGUAGACCAAAUUUUCUUUAAAUUUUUGGCUUUUAUGACAUUAUUAGGGUUUUACCGCCAAGCAAAGUUAUUAAAUGCAGAUGCCAAUAGUUGUUUAAAGCGUAAACCGAACAUAAUAUUCAUUCUAACAGACGACCAGGAUAUUGAAAUUGGAGGAACCAUCCCUAUUGUGAAAACAAAACAAUUAAUUGGAGAUGCAGGCAUCACAUUUCAGAAUAUGUUUGUUGACAGUCCCCUAUGUUGCCCUAGCAGAUCCUCCAUAUUGACAGGGAGAUACAUACACAACCAUAAUGCUGUAAAUAACUCAAUAAAUGGUAACUGCAGUAGUCCAGCAUGGCAAGCUGGGGCAGAGAAAAAAGCCUUUUCAGUAUAUCUAAAAGAACAACAAUACACUACAUUCUUUGCUGGAAAAUACCUGAAUCAGUAUGGUAAGAAAGCAGCCGGGGGACCAGCCCAUGUACCCCCAGGUUGGGAUUGGUGGAAUGGUCUGGUUGGCAACUCACGAUAUUACAACUACAAGUUAUCAGUGAAUGGUACAAAGGAGAAUCACAAAGAUGAUUACAAAACUGACUACCUUACUGAUGUCAUUCAUAGGAGAGGAAUUGAAUUUCUCCAACUUCAAAACAAUGAUGGGACAAAUGCUGAUGCCAAGCCUUUCUUUAUGAUGCUCUCUACACCUGCCUGCCACGCCCCAUUCACACCUGCUCCUCAAUACAGCGGCAAAUUCAAUGACACAAAAGCUCCAAGAAAUGGCAGCUUUAAUGUAUAUGGAAAGGACAAACACUGGCUGCUACGUGCGGCCAAGCACCCUCUGUCAAAGACUUCACUAGAAUAUAUAGAUGGCGCUUAUCGCAACAGAUGGCGCACACUACUGUCAGUGGAUGAUAUUGUAGAGAACGUAAUUAAUGUUCUGAAAGAGAGGAAGCUAUUAGAGAACACUUAUAUAUUCUUCUCAUCUGACAAUGGAUUCCAUCUAGGUCAGUUCUCCCUACCAAAUGAUAAGCGGCAGAUGUAUGAUUUUGACAUCAGGGUCCCCCUCUAUGUAAGAGGACCUGGGAUCAAACCUGGCCAGAAAAAAAAUCAACUGAUAGGCAACAUUGACUUGGCACCUACAUUCAUAGCAUUAGCAAAUGGCACUGUCCCUUCAGAGAUGGAUGGUCAGUCAUUCGUGCCAUUGCUGGAUUCCAGCUCUUCAAAAUGGAGGAAUGAUUUCCUGAUUGAACACCAGGGGGAGUAUGGAGGAGAUUCAAGAUGUCCUGAUUUGAAGGAUGAUAAUGUUGAUAACUGCUAUCCUGACUGUGUCUGUGAGGAUGCUAAGAACAACACAUACACUUGUGUUAGAACACUUUCCUUCAACACUAACCUUGUUUACUGCCAAUUCUCUGACAGUGAGUCAUUUGUUGAGGUGUAUGACUUGAAAAAGGACCCAUAUCAACUGAAUAACUUAGCAAAGACUAUUGACCCUAAACUGCUUGCAAAGCAAAAUCAAAGACUUAUACAAUUGAGUGUAUGCCAAGGAGACUCUUGUAGGACACUAGAACCUGACUAUGGUGCUGAGUGGCUUAAUCAGCUUAAGCAUGAUAAACACCCUCAUGAUAUCAAACACCAAUAUGAUGAUAAACACCAAAAUGAUGAGAAACACCAAUUUGACAAACACCAAUAUGAUGACAAACAACUGGAGGAAUAUAGCUGGCAAAAGAGACUUCGACAAUUACUCACAGAAUAUUAACUCUUCAUUUGUUUAUUAACCAACAUUGAAAGAGCCUACUGGUGCAUUGUUUUUUCAAAAACAAAAAUAUGUUAUUGAAAUGAUGAAUCUCAUUUUUCUCUACAGAUGUGAGCUGUUGAAAUAAUCGUGAAAAUAUUACACACUGGGUGGCCCAAAAAUGUAAACUUCUAAUUUAGAAUUUUUGGAAUAUUCACAAGAAAAUACAAAAAGAUUUCACCAAAAUUGAGAAAGUUAUU